CCGGACAAACACCACUGCUACAAGUCAGAACAGAGGGAAGGAGUGCGAAACAGAGAGGGAGAUUCACACGUAAGAGGAGAGAAGAGGAGUUUAGCAGGAGAGUGUUGUGACUGGCAACAGGAGCUUGUGGUAGCCAGGAAGAGGGCAGCCAAGCCUGAGGAGAUGCUAUGAGGAAGAGUGCCAAGUGAUGGAGCUUGAAGCAGCCAGAAGGCGGGCGCAAUUAGUCAGAAUGGACGACCAGGACAGAGUAAGCCAAGCAUCCAGUGUGGCCACCAUUUCCUACUUUCCUAUCAUGAAGGAUAGUGAUGGAAGGGUUCAAACAUUUGGGAAAAGAUGCCAGGCUGCCAGGAGAGACCCCAACUGUCCUGUGGUCAUCAGAGGAUGGCUCAACAAAAAAGAUAGCUCUGGUUUGAAGCUGUGGAAGAGAAGGUGGUUUGUCCUCUCCAACUACUGUCUGUUUUACUAUAAAGACAGUAGAGAGGAAUCUGUGUUGGGCAGUAUUCCACUCCCAAGCUACAAAAUCCUGUUCUGCACACCGCGAGAAUGCAAGAACAGAAAGUUUACCUUCAAGGUGGUGCACCAGGGAAUGCGCUCUUAUUUCUUCAGUGCUGACACUCAGGAGGAUAUGUUAGGGUGGGUCCGAGCUCUCAGCCAGUCUGCUACAAUGGAGACAGACAGCUCCCUGAACAGGCGUUGCUCAAGUUAUCAGGAUUUCACACAGAUAGGAGGCAGCAGUGAAUCAGUGCACUUCCCUAAACCCCUUUCUGAUGGAGAGGAUCCCUCCCAAAAACACAGGCACGUCAGCAGGACUUUGAGUGAACCGAGUCAUCUCACCGGUGGGAGGAUGGGGACGUCGCACUCAGAGCACAGGGGGAAGCGAAGCGUGCGUCAGAGAAACAGCAGAACACCCAGUCCUCCUGAUUUUAGCAGAAGAAGAGCUUGUGGUCCAGAUCAAGAGGAAGAUUCACUUCCAGGCCAAAACACACACACAGAAAUUAUGGGAACAGGAUCGUUGACCUCAAGAGGUCAGCUGGGGUCACGCCCCCACACACCGGUGGGAAGGGUUGACAUUCGACCACACGAUGACUCGGCCAUGGUGCCGCAAACCCUGUACUAUGCACCUGCCUCACCUAAACUGGAGUUCAGAUCCACUCCCAGCACUCCAGGCACAGAAAGAUGGCAAAACCUAAGCAAGAGCUACUCUACAGGGGCACAUUCAGACUUACUGCCACCUUUGCCCCCCUCAUCAAGAGCCGCACAUGCUCCCCACCCCCCACACCACCACCACCACCACCAUCAUCACCAUCACCGCAGCAAUUUAUCUGUUUGUGUGCUACCGCCAGCUAUGGUACAGCCGUCCGAGCUGCGCUCUGUGUUCUUGGUGUCUUGUGUGGCCCCAAAGCCUGACCAGAGGGAAACCCCAUCAAUGAGGCCUCUCGAAAGUGAUGCAGAUGCUGUGUUGACGAGGCUGUGUGGGUGUGACAAGCUGCUACAGUCUCUGUCUGUAGAACUGGCCCAGCUACAAAUGGAUAAGGAGAGCGUCCAUUGUGCGUUAGAGGUGUCCAGACUGCAGCUGGAAGAAUGGAAAAGCCAGGGGCCCAGGGCCCAGGAAGAAGCACUGACCCAGAAGGCUUUGCUUCAGGAAGAGCUGGUCACAAUCCGGGCCAGAAUGUGUGAUGUAUCAUUGGAAAUGGAGAGGGUGUGGAGUCAAUAUGAGAGAAUGGAGAGUGAACUGUCUGUUAUCCGUUCGCAUCUUCAGCACAUCUGUCACUUUGGAAUGCCACAGGAGCAGUCUCAGGCCCAGAGGGAGCUUUGGAUGAUGGAGGACAUCCUGGCUGGGUUAAAGAUCAACAGGGACCAUUUCCGCUUCCUGCUGGGACUACAGAGGCAUCAUACGUUCCAGCAGUCAGCUCCACAUCCUGGAUCCCCUGGCUCACCCACAGAGAGGCUGCAAAGUGGACUGCAAAUGGAUGUGGAACAAGAACCACCUGUCCGCCCACCAUUACCCCAGGAGCUACAUGAAAUCCACCAGAGCAGGGAUCAGAGCCAUGGCUGGACAGAGUCACCAUAUGAGGGAAUCUACAGCCACACUGUUGAUCCAGUACAGAGAAGAGGAAACAGCCAGCCUGACCUCCUUAAUGUGAAAGCGCAGAAAGAUGCAUUUGAAUCUCAGUCUGGCUCAAAGUGGAUCCCACCAGAUCCGACGAACCAAUCAAGCAAGAAGAUGAAGAUGAGUGAAGAAGAGCAGAUUGAACGGAUGAAGAGGAAUCAGGAGAGGUUGACUAACCGGAAGAAACCCCCCAUAUCUGCCCCAGGCGCCCAAAACCAGAGUUCAGAGGCAAAAGAGGAGGCCCCCUUUCCUCUAAGGGUGACAAGAGUAGUCACAGCCGUACUGCCGUCCUCUCUAGUGGCCAGACGGGUUUCCGUUGAGGAUCCACCGCCUGAGCUCGACAACCCACUGCCUGAGCAGAUCUCUGCUGAGAUGCAGCAAAGAUUGGCUGAGCAGAGUAAAAAAAUGUUUAACAAACCACCCAGGCGUCUGUUCCUGGAGAGUCCUGUUCAAAAUUGGUCCUCAGCAGAGAUGCACCAGGAUCAGCCCGUUAAAAAGACAAACAGAGAGCAGCAUCAGGGAGUACUGAGGUCCCCCAAGAAGGAGUCAUGGUCAGAAGUGGAGGAACGGCCCUCUGCACUCCUGGCCCCUGACAUGGACCCUGACCACUGUCCAACCCCUGAGCAGCGAGAGGCCAAACUUCAGCGUGUGGAACGAAUACGGGAGAGAGUCAUAAGAAGGUGGGAUACCAUGAAUCUUAUGACGGCUAUGGAAGCUCUGGGGAUAACAUCAGAAGCCCUGCUGAACUUCAGCGUUCUAGUGGAACAUCUCAGGAUGAAGAUGAAGGUGGCCAUGUGA